AGCUCAUUCUCAAUUCGACGGUGGCAUGAAUCGCACGUUAUCGCGCGACAACAAAACGCCAAGUUAGCAAAUCCUGAAUCGACAUUUCAACGCGAUACACCUCCAUUCAGUACAAUUCAAUGAGAAAACUACCCAGUGUAAUACCUAAUUUAGUAAAUAUAUUAUCGAACAAAUAUCAGAAAACGACGCGAGUCAUUCGAACUUGAACAUUUCCACAUCAAGUUCGCGAACAACACGAAAAUGCAAUGAAAACCGUGAGAUAAACACAAAUAUUAACAACACGCCUGAAGACGCAGUGAAAUCAAAGCUAAACAAAUAUCAAUAAACAAAUAAUAAUAUUAUUAUAAUGCACGUGUACUACAAGUUCGGAUUACUGCUGAUAUUUUUGCUAAGCGUGAGCAUCAGCCACACAAAUGCCGCUCCAGCGGGCAGUGAGGAGGCCAAUCCCCUCGAUGACUACAGCGAUGAUGACUACAGUGAAACAACGACAGGCGAGGAAUCGCCAGAGACAGCAGAAAAUAGACUGAUGCCACAAUCAUCCUCCACAUCGACAACCACCACAUUUCGACCAAUAUUUAACAUACCACGGCGCAGCAACCAUGUCCUGGAGCCCAGUUGCCCGCGCAACUGCCUCUGCCUGGAGGACUUCAAGUUCGUUCAGUGUGCCAAUGCCCAUUUAACCCAUGUGCCCCUGGACAUGCCCAAAACGGCGGCCAUCAUCGAUCUGAGCCACAAUGUGAUUGCCGAACUGAGGCCGGAGGAUUUUGCCAAUCUGUCCAGAGCGGUGGAAAUCAAUCUGAAUCACAAUUUGAUCAGCAGAAUAGACAAGGAUGUCUUUCAGGGGUCAGAGCGCUUGAAGCGCCUGCGGCUGGCCAACAACCGUCUGACCAAAAUCGAUCCCGACACCUUUGCGGCGGCCAAGGAACUGACGCUACUUGAUUUGAGCAACAACACCAUAGCCCAGCGACUGGAUGGGUCCUUCCUGAAUCAGCCCGACUUGGUGGAGUUCAGUUGCGUCAACUGCAGCUGGACGGAGCUGCCGGAGCAGACGUUCCAGAACAUGAGUGGGUUGGAGGUGCUGCGCUUGAACAAGAACGAUUUCAAACAGCAAAUCAAUACGAAAGCUUUCUCGCCGCUAACAAAAAUAAUUAAACUGAAGCUGCCGGAACUGGAGCAACCGAAGAUCGAGGAGCUGUGCGGCCUGCUGACCUCCAUCGAUACGAUUAGCUUCCUCAACUUCGACAUCAGCUGCUACGAGUUCGUGCUGGGCACCCCCUUCAACGGCAGCCUCAUCUAUCCCACGGAGCCGCCACUCAAGGGGACUUCUGAUCCGCCCAGUACUGCGAGGCCAGUUACCUCCACACCUGCACCGCCGAGAAGUGCCAAUCGCAAUCGGGGCACAAUGGACAACAGCACGGAGCUGGUCAAAGCCGGAAUCCUGAGCUCCGAGACCAGCACCAGUGGAGUGAGCGUGGAACCGCCUGCCGAGAACCAGACCAACCAGGUGCAGAUCUCCCAGGAGGCCAUCAACACGCUGCUCAUCUGCAUCAUGGUUUUGGCCGUGAUUGGUAUCGUCAUCGGACUCAUUUGCCGCCAGGAUAUUGGCGGCAUCAAAACCAAAUGCUGCCGCACUAGCAAACCAGAGCCAAAGGAUCAGGUCCAUCCCACUGAGGAGAUACCACUGAAUAAGCUAGCCUAAGAAAACUUUCCAAAAAACAAACCAAACGAUCGAAGGUGAAGAGAGAAUCCUAUCCUCCUCCAGUUUCGAGAACAAUACCCAUUUCCAUUUUGCCGGCAUU